UGAUUUUGAAUCAGAAUGCGCAUCUUUUUCUUGCUGGUAGCCCUCGCGGCUGCAGUGGCCGCUAUCCCGACUCCUUUAAGACAGCAUGCUGCCGACCAGGAAUUACUUAAAAAGCAGCAAGACAUCAUCCACUUGUUGGAGCACAUAACACAGCCGACUCCCGACAAACAAGUCUACAACUUGGGAAUAAACUACGACAUUGAGCAGAGCUAUGGUGACUACAGCGAGCCCCAUAUGGUAGAGUACUACGUCGGUCUCGUCAAACAAGGACAUGUCCAGCCAAAAGGAACACCCUUCUCAAUGACCAUCAGCCAACUUCGCAAAGAAGUUUCUAUGCUGACUCGUAUGCUCCUUGGAGCCAAGAACUACUCAGUAUUUUUCAAGACUGCUGCUUGGGCCCGGAUCCACGUAAAUGAACACCAGUUCAUCAUGGCAUUCAUCACCGCUCUUCUCCAACACCCAGAGACCCAGGGAGUUAUUCCACCAGCUCUGUAUGAAAUCCUACCUCAGCAUUACUUCGACGCUCGUGUCAUCCACGAAGCCCAGAAUGUCAGAAUCUACGGUAUGGACAACCCAAUGACUGAGCAGACAGUUGUCAUCCCAGUAAACUACACUGACUACCUUCCUUACGGAGAGCACCAACUCUCUUACUUCACCCACGAUAUUGGUCUUGCUCUCUACCAUGCCUACUUCGCACUCGCUGGUUACAUGAUCCCUGAAAAUUACAAAGUACAUGGAGUUGAGAGUGAAACCCAUCGCUCAUCACACUUAGGACGUGGAUCACACUACUGGUAUAUCCACCAACAACUUAUGGCUCACUACAACCUCGAACGUCUGUCCCAAGGUCUUGGACCCAUCGAUGAAGUAGACUACGAACACAUCAAGACCCCAUACCACCCACACUUGUACUGCACAAACGGACUCCAGUUCGCUGGUCGCUCUCACGAAAUCACCCUCACUCCCUACUACGCAGACCUCGUGAGAAACGUACACGCUCUUGAACAAAGAAUCGUCGAUGCCAUUGACUCUGGCUACGUAAUUACACCCCAGCAAUCCUUCCUAUCCCUCUUCCAUCCCCAAGGACUCAACAUCCUCGGAGAAAUAAUUGAAGGUACCGGAAAAUCCAUAAACCCACGUUACUACGGCAGCUACCAGGCCGUAGCCCACCAACUUCUUGGCAACGCACCGGAAUUCAGUACUAUCUGGGAGUACACUCCAUCUGCUCUUGAUCUCCAUGAGACAUCAGUCCGCGACCCAGCCUUCUACCAACUCUACAAACGUGUGAUGAAAUUAUUCCAUCGUUACCAGGAGUCUCUUCCAGCUUACCAAUACAACGACCUAAUUGUUCCUGGUGUAACCAUCGAAAAAAUCAUGUUCCCUGACCUCAACACCUACUUCGACACCCAGAUCGUCGACCUCGACAAUGGAAUUUUCCAACCGGUCAACAAGAACGAGCAAGAGAACCUUAAAGUAAAGGCCGAGGUUAAGAGAAUCAACCACAAGCCAUACGAAUACCAGAUUGUUGUCAACUCCGAGAAACCCAUCACCAACGCAGUCGUACGUGUCUACCUUGCACCCAAAUACGACUACGAUGGAAAAUUAGUCGACAUCAGCCACCACAGACAUUACUUCGUUGAACUUGAUCAAUUUGUCUACGACCUCCAAGAAGGCAAGAACGUAAUCGUCAGAGACUCUCACCACGCCCCACACUUGAGCCAUGACUACCCAACUGUCCACCACAUGAUGACAUACAUCGACAGCGCAGUUCGUUCCCAGAACCCAUUCUACGUUACUGAGCCAUCCCAAAUCUUCGGAUUCCCCGCCAGACUAUCAAUUCCCAAAGGACGUUACGGUGGAUUCCCACUCCAAGUUUUCGCUGUCAUCAGCGUUCCUGAGCACACCAUCUCUCAGUAUGGACCAGUCGUACCUGCUCAAUACCGCACCUACCAGAAACCCCACUACCACGUUGUCGAUGAUCAACACUACCAACCAUGGGUCCAAGAACAAAGAACUGGACAAGGUCUCUACGACACCCUUGAUGUUGUUCCCCACUACCACAAACACGGAAUUUAUGGCAAAGAUGUUCCAGUUGAAAAAAUGAGCUACUACUACGGUCACUACCUUUACCACAAAUACCCACAGUACUACCCCUUCUACUACCACCAACACUCCGAAAAAACUUGGCCAACCCAAGAAUACCAUGGAAUCCACCACCCAGAAUACCAAGGACAACAACAAGUCUACCAGCAAUGGCCAGGACAAGGACCUUACCAAUACCAACACCAAUAUCCACACCAAGUACCCGCUGGACAAAUUUUACCCGUAGGACAACACAAAGUAUACCAAGGUGAAGGUAUCUACCAACACGGAGCAACUUACCCAUACGUCGUCGGAGGUACCGCACAAGGAAUGAAACACGAAGUCCACCCAGAAGUACACCAAGGAGUCCACACUGAAACACACCAAGGAAUGCACCACGACGUCCAGUCUGACCAGACAACUGGCUACGACGUCUACAAGCACAACAUCGAGUACUUGAAGAAGUACUACCAAGGCAAGCACAUCAGCGAGAUCAUCGGUGGAGCCGUUUCCCUGGACUACAAGCCUCUGGGUUACCCACUGGACAGACCUCUUGCUCCAAGUGCCUUCUACAUUCCAAACAUGAAGGUAGCCGAAUUCAUGGUCUACCACCACGACGGCCAUUUCCAAGAUGAGCACCACCACGAAACCCACCCCAUGACUUACUAAACUAAAUAAUUAUCUUUUAUUUCUUUCCCACUGUCAUGACUUCUUUUCCUGUUUUUUUAUGUUAGCCCUCACUUUGUGAUUGGUAAUACUCAAAAUAAAUUAUCCGCUAUUUGAUACUAGAAAA